UUAGGACAAGGCAGAAGGCAAAUUCGGUGACAGCGAGAGUGCCAGCGAUGAGUAGAAGGAGUGGGCUGGUUGUUGAUACGAAGAAUAUAUUACAGACUAGUCGAAGGAAUAUGUUCUUGAUGGAAAAAGAUCCAAGAAAAGUUCAAAAUAACCUAUCUCUACCUACAACCACUAGAGCUUCAGCUCCUAGGGCUUCAUCCAAUAAGGCUUCAGCCCCUAAGUUAAACUUGUCAGCCAAUAUCUCGAAUAAACUUCUAAAGAAUAGGCUUGCUGUGAAUAAGACUUCACUCAGCUCCAUCUGAAAGAGCAAUUAUAAGUAUUACAGAAGUGCAGGAUUUACAAAGAAAUUCAUGGGUUACAUGUUUGAAGACACUUCCAUGGACAAAAAGCUGAAGAAGGAAAUAGUGAUAGAGAGAAUGAGAAAUAAAAUGAGUAAAAUCGACACUAAAAGACAACUGGUUCAAAACGACCGUGACAAGAAGAAAUAAAAUCCUCUCUUUCUACAGGAAGAAUUACGAUAUCAAGCUUAAAAAUAUCAGCAUGCCCAUAGAGAAGCUGGAGGACAUUCUUAGUGCGAAAGUGACUAAACGGAAGCAACAAAAGGCUUCCUUGACUAUCCAAACUGCCUUUAGAAAAUUCAUCGUACUUAAAUAAAUACAAACAAUUUGUACAGAGAAGACUUGAUGCAGCUAGUUAUAUCCAACGCGUCUGGAAACGAUACAGGAUGAUCUCAAUGGUUCCCAAAGCAUGGAAGAAGUUUAAGAAUGAACGCAUUUGAAGGAUUCAGAAGUAUAUGAGAGGAUAUAUCGUCCAUAAACGCACCUUUGAAACACUCAGUAGAAUCAAGCUGACUACUAAUUUCGAAUACUUUGGAAAAAUUAAAGACCAGCUCCAUGAGAAUUCACAGAUCAAGAUCAGGUAUUAUUGGCUUAAGUGGAAAAAGAAUGUUGAGAAGAGAAAGAAAGCUAAGGCUAAAGCUGUUGCUAAAAAUAAGCGGCCCAAACUUAGUAACAAGUUUAAUAGCUUUAAGAAGGGAAGUGUGGUCUAUAAGAACCCACCUAUUGCAAAUGUUUCACCUGCUAUGCAUUUAAAUUCUACACAUAAGGAAUCUACUCCUGCAAGGAUACUCACCCAGUUGGAAAGCUCUAAGAAAAAGAUGAGUUGUAUGACUGGACUGAACCUUGAUUCUCCAGCAAUUCGUAUGGACCAAGGUGAUUCCCUCUCUAGUCAUAAGGAAUUGGCUAGUAAUGAAGAGGAAGAUAAAGAGUAAAUAAUUGACACCUUGCUAUUAAAAUUGUUUCAAUGAUUCUUUAA